AUGAUUUUUAAAUUAAAUUUAAUUCUUCUUCUAUUAAUUUUAUUUUUAUUUUCAAAUGCGACAAUUGAAAAGAGGAGGGAAGACAACGAACAAGACGAGGAUAUUGAGGAAGUUAAAAAUGACCCAAAUCCGGAUAAUGUUGUACUUUUGAAUUCUGAAGGUGAAUUGAGGAAAAGGGAAGAAUUGGAUGUUUUUUCUAUCGAAGAUUUUCUGUCUGAUGAUACCCACGAAAAGAAAGAAGAAACUAAAAAGGCGGAGGAAGUUGAGGAGGAAAAUAAUGAAGUUUUGGGGUUUGAAGAGUUUGUUGCGGAGAAGAAUAAAAUUAACAAUUUACAAGCGGAGGUCCUCUAUGAAAACGCCUUAAAUAUUUUAUCAAAGAAGAGAUGGUCUGAAAUUGCUCAAAAAGACAUUCGAGCAGCUUAUACUGACCUUGAAGAGGCGGCUAAACUGGGAUCUGACGACGCGAAGAAAAUUUUAGCUUUUUCCUACUUAUUUGGCGACUAUCGAUGGAGUAUAGACGAGGCUUCCAAAAUUUUUGAACAAUUGGCUUCCGAGACAGGUUCAGCAGAUGCUCACCUCGGUCUAGGCUUUUUAUAUUCAACUGGCGCUGGGAUGAAGGAUGGGCCUAAUAUUGGACUUGGAUUUUUGCAUUACACCUUUGCUGCUUUAGGCGGAAAUCCUUUGGCUCAAAUGGCUCUGGGCUACAGAUAUGGCCACGGAAUUGGAGUAAAACAGGAUUGCGAAACAGCUUUAACUUGGUACAAAAAAGUUGCAAAUAAAGUUGCCAAAAAAGUUAAAUUGACUGGAAUGCCCUCUGUUCAACGCAUUCGAAUACCUGAUGAAAUUGAAUCCUCUUCCAUUGCUGGAACUAUUUUGGACACAAAUGUAUUUUCUUAUUAUAAAUAUUUGGCAGAAACUGGAGAUAUACAGGCUGUGCUUGGACUAGCCCAACUUUAUCUAACUGGAGGAAAAGGUGUUCCCAUGGAUUUGCAAGCAGCUCGCAAAUAUUUUCAAAUUGCUGCUGAUGCUGGGAGUGCACAAGCUAACGGCUAUCUUGGACGAAUGUUUUUGGAAGGAACUUCAGCGACUCCUCAAAAUAAUGAUACGGCUUUAAAAUAUUUUACAAAGGCUGCUGAUAAAGGAAAUUCAAUAGGCCAGGCGGGUAUUGGAAUAAUGUAUUUAUAUGGUUAUGGAAUUAAAGCCGACUCACAAAAGGCACUUAAAUUCUUUGCUGCAGCUGCAGAACAAGGAUCCUCUGAUGCACAACUCCAUCUUGGCCAAAUGUAUUACCAAGGAUUGGGUGUUAAAAGAGAUUUUAAACAAGCAUUAAAACAUUUCCAACUUGCCUCCCAAUCUGGACAUAUUUUGGCAAUUUACAAUUUAGCCCAAAUGCAUGCAAAAGGCACAGGAGUAUUUCGAAAUUGUAAAUUUGCUGUAGCCUUAUACAAAAAUGUAGCAGAGAGGGGACGUUGGACAGAACGCUUUAUGGACGCUUAUCUCAAAUUUCAAAACAAUGCAAUUGACGAGGCUGCUUUCAGAUAUUUAUUUUUGGCAGAAUUGGGAUAUGAAGCAGCGCAGACUAAUUUUGCCUAUUUAAUUGACUCGCAGGAGGGAGGUGGAAAAGAUGAAAAAUUGGCUUUGUUUAGUAAGGAGGAGGCUUAUAGAAGGGCUUUUAUGAAUUGGCAAAGGGCUGCUAAUCAGGAUUAUCCCGUUGCCCGUGUAAAACUGGGAGAUUAUAAAUAUUAUGGCCUUGGAAGUGAUUCCGAUUUGCAAGAAGCAGCAGAACAUUAUAAAAUAGCUGCUCAAACACAUCAAAAUGCACAAGCAAUGUUCAAUUUGGGUUAUAUGCACGAGAAUGGCAUUGGAGUGAACAAAGACCUUUACCUAGCAAAACGUUUUUAUGACUCUGCAGCUGAAACGAGUACAGAUGCUUUUUGGCCUGUUACUAUAGCUUUAAUUAAACUUAAAAUUGAAUUUUUGAUGAUGAAUUUUGCUCAAAAAGGAGGCAUUUCAUUUAAAUUUCUGGACAAUUUGGACACUUUACUAGGCCCAGACUGGGAUCUUUAUGCGAUGAGCUUAGCUUUUGGACUAGCUGUGUGGCUUGGUAUUUGUUAUUUUAGAAAUCGAUUUGCUAGGGGUUAAAGUGUAUUUUUUAAACUUGUUUUUUUAUAUUAGAGAUAUAUUCGGGGAAGGAAAACUUAAAUUUGUUCAAAAUUCGAGGUCCAUGGUUCGAACCCGCUCAGGGAAAAUUAUUUUUAUUUUUAACGAAACUGAAUGACCGACAUUAUAUCUCUAAUCUAAAUUUUUUUCUAUCUUAUUUGUACAUUCAAACUCUCUUUUCUUUCACAGGUAUACAUUUUUAUGUUAGUUAUACAUAUAUUUAUUUUCGGAUUAGAAAAAAAACUAGGGUUGGUCCUCGAU